ACAGUGAUCAUUACAAAAAAUUAAUAACUUCAUAAACGGUUUGCAAGUUGUGGUUUAAAACAAUGGAACCAACGAAUCUUUCAGUCGGUGUUUUUACAUUGCCGUUUUCUGACGGAUUUAUCGAGGAAGAUGGUCAAAUUGUUCCUGGUCUUAAGUCUCUGAAAGAGAUUGCAUCUCUAACGGCUGAUUAUGGUCCUUUCAAUUUGAAAUUUCAUUUACCAGAAACUGGUCAAUUGGGUGUGCUUACAGAAACUGGUUAUCAUGAUGGUGUUUUGGGUUUGAUGCAAGAAGGGAAAAUUGAUGUGUGCUUCAUACCAUUAUCAUUGAGCAUACAGAGACCUCCAGGUCGAUUCUCGCAGGUUAUAUCCGAAGAGGAUUACCUUAUCAGUAGCAUACGGAAUACAAUUGACGAUACUUCAGCUGUUGUUUCGAGUUUAAUCUCAAUCUAUUCAAUCCCCGUCCUGGUUGCUAUAUUAGCCAUAUUCAUAUUGGAAUUGGCUGCUGUUAAAUAUUUCAAUAUAAAGUCUUUAUUCACAGUUAUUUAUAAAACGUUUGUUAUCUCAUUUAACCAGCAUUUAACUAAUCGUUCAUCAUUGCUUUGUUUCACCCAAAUGAUUAUCUUGAUGAUUCCUUUAUACAUUUUUGGUGCUGCUUUCAAUACCCAAACCAUUGUUGGGAAUAACGAUGUUAAAAUUGAAACUCUGAGAGAUAUUGUUGAUUACGAUAAAUCGCCAUUCUUUAUCGAGGGAUUGUCAAUGUACGACUUAUUUGCAGCCAAAGUAACCAGAGACUAUGGAGAUGUUUUUGAAAAGGCCAAAGCUGAAGGACUUGACCAGCCAUUUGAAUUAGGACCAAUACCCUUCAUGAAAGAAGAGAAGGAUAAAAUGUGUACUUUCCUUUCUGGUAAAAGUAAAAAACUUGCUCAGAUUGCUAUCUCUUCAAAUGGAUUUCUGGAAGCUAAUCAGGAGUUAUAUUUCUCAGAACGGCCUUUUCAUAAAUCUUUACAAGCUAUUCUUGUCGACUUCAAUUUUUUUGAAAACUCCAACUUCGCUAAGCUCAAUAAAGUAAUCAUAAGGUCCUUUGAGAGUGGAAUCACCGAAAAAAACCUAAACGAAGCUUACAUUGAUUUCUUGCUGAACUUUUAUUACCUGACCAAGUUUGAUUUUUACAAGAAUCGUAAAUCAAAUGAUCUGAGUUGGAAAUCAUUGAAUUGGAAUGGAUUCAAUCAAAUAUGCUACAUAUUCAUUGGAUCUCUAAUCUUUGUGACAGUUAUUCAACUUAUUGAAAUAAUUAUAGUCAAACUUAUCCCUGUGCUUAUCAAAUAAUUAUCUUAUUUUUAUUUAAAUUAUUCAAAGUUACAGACAAGAAUUAUUUUAAUCAUCAAGCAUUGAGUUAAACAAUUAUAUAAUUUGUGAAAGUUUUACUUUUAAUGCAUUACAAUUUAGUUUGUAGCAAUUUCUCAAUUAAUCAGCUUGAUGAUAUACAAAUAUUGAUGCUAUUGUGAUAGUUAUUAUACAUUUAUCUAUAAUAAUGGUCAAUGAUAACGAGAGAUAGAUGCUUAAUAAAUAUAAAUAGCAAUUGUAACUUCUG